CGAUUGGACGAGAGCGAUCACGUGGCGCAGUGCAGUCAGUCUCUGUGCCGUGCCUGGAGCCAGCGCUGAGUGGAGCCUGUCUGCCAGCAGCUUCAGCAGCGGCUCGAUCUGGAACCCCAGCACACUCACUGACAAUUCAACGACCCCCCCUUUUUUUCCUUCUUAUUUGCCGAGGAUUAUUGUUCACCAUGGGCGACAAAAAGAGCCCUACCAGGCCAAAAAGACAAGCCAAGCAAGCUGACGACGGCUACUGGGACUGUAGCGUCUGCACCUUUCGGAACACAGCCGAAGCUUUUAAAUGCAGCAUCUGCGAUGUGAGGAAGGGCACAUCAACAAGGAAACCCAGGAUCAACUCCCAGCUGGUGGCCCAGCAGGCGGCCCAGCAGUAUCCCAUGCCGCCCCCGGCUAAAAAAGAGCGACGGGAGCGAAGCGAGCGCCCGGACAGGGAGCGGGCGGACGGCGAAGGAGAGAGCGCCGUCGGGGAGGCUCGCCCCGAAAGCGAGCGCCCCGAGAUAGUGAGGCCCGAGAGAGACACGCCUCCUCCCGAGAAGGACAAGAGUGACAAGGAGCAGCCGGUCCAAGACAAAGCCGACAGAGAGAAAGACAUCAUCCCGUCCAUCACAAAGAAGCCCCCCGGCAUCAAAAAGAGCAGACCCAAAUCCGACAGCCACCCGAGUCCACCCAGUGACAAGCAGAGCAUACAGUCUGGCAAAUCGGCAACCAAGACCAACAAGAACAAUCACAUUUCCAGGCCCAAACUGAAGAACGUCGACCGCAGCACGGCGCAGCAGCUGGCCAUCACCGUGGGCAACGUGACGGUGAUCAUCACAGACUUUAAGGAGAAGAGCCGCUCCUCGUCCACGUCCUCGUCCACCAUCACGUCGAGCACGGGCUCCGAACAGCAGCACCAGAGCUCCGGCUCGGAGAGCAUGGACAAAGGCUCGUCGCGCGCCUCCACGCCCAAAGGCGAUCUCUCCGUGGGGCACGACGAGUCCUUCUGAGGGCCGCCGGCCCCGUUCUCCGUUGACCCCGCCCACUCGACCCCCUUUUCACACACCCCCACGUUGGACACGAUGGAUCGCAAAGGGUGGGGGGAGAGACUUUUGACCUUCCCCCCUCGGCGGCGCUGCCUCCAUUCCAUGACCCACCUGGAUGCGGCCUGGAGGAAGGUAGCGCGGGUGCACCCCGGCGCGCAAAAGAAGGUCUCCGGCGGGAGCGGGAACAGGAGCCGCGGACUACACGAGCGUUAACGCCCAUGCUAGCGUCAAGACACUUGUAUGUAUUGUUUUAUAUUUGGACGUGGAUGUGAGGCCAAGUCGACCUUUUAGUUUUUGUCCAACAUUUCUCCGCCAGGCACAAUAACCACCCUUGUUUUGUUAUUAUUAUUAUUUGUACCCUUAUUUAUUACCUGUUGCACCUGUAUUCUUUGAUAUUUUUUCCUGAUGAUGUUGAAGCUUGGCUGCUUAGCUCUGCCGACCGACCGAUCGUUCCCUCAGUGUUUUUAAUGCAGUUUGAAAUGAUGCCAGAUCACACACACACACACACACACACACACACAAAAAGGUGCUAGAUACACUGUGAAAAGUUUUGCAGAUCUCCCAAUCACUCAACGUGAUGAAGAAUCCGAUCGAACGUGACUCCCUUCCCUCCACAAUACUGUCUCACUCUGAACACUGUUGGGACCUUCCUCAUGGCUGCUGCUGUGUGCGUCACAAGUCCAAAUAGUCCACUUUGAACGAAUAAUCUUAUCCAGUAUUGUUGUGUCCUUAACUGUACAGUGUAGGCUGUUGUGUAAAACACUAAAAGCUGUAGGUAUUUGCUCCGUUUCCGUUGUGCAAAUGUUGAGUUUUCCUGGCUCGAGGUGAAGUUGGAAAUUGGGAGUUUCUCCCGAGGCGACUGAAGGAACGGGUGCGCGGCGGUUCGUCUCGGUGAAACCGAUGCGGGUCUGUCGGCAUCUGACAUUUUUCUCGUGACACCGAAAAACCCCGCGAGAAGCAACCGCAAACCAGUUCAGUUCUUGACAGUUUCAUGUCGUUCUUGUUUCUUUUUUUUUUUUUUUUUUUUUUUUUUUUUGCUCAAUCAUAAUUUAAAGGCCGCGGUCAUCCGGAGGCGAACCUCAAAUCACAAUCGCGCUUUCCUAUUUUCGAACCGCGAGGCUUUGUCCGAGGGUUCUCAUUGACUUCCACCCGACGCUGAUACGAGAACAACCUAAUUUCCUUUUCCCUGUAUGAAAUUGUAUAAAGAAUAAAUGUGUAUAUGAUAUCUUAGUUUUAUUUAUUGAAGGACCAAAGGAAUUUCAUAUUGACAUGAUACAUAGAGGAAUAACAAUUUGAAAUGCAAUUACUGCAAAUUAUCUAAUGUUUGAGAUGAAUAACAGUUGAAAUAAAUAAAGACUAAUAUAAUCCCUGUUAA